CCUCUUGCUUUUCAUCUGCGCGUUGUGUUAUGGUCUCUGAUGAGGGGUGUUUAUGACCAUCUGCAGAAUGUGGCUUCAGGCUGUAGGCAUAGUUUUAAACUGAGGUCACCUUGAGAAAUAAGGGCCAUGUAGUCCUCCUGCUUGAGGCCAAGGAAACUCUGCUCUUCUUGAAAUCUGCAUUCCCAAGUUUUGCCCACAGCCUGUUGUGAAACUACGUGCUUCUAGCAAGAUGGUUCUGCAUCAUGCUGGGAUGAAGUGGAGCUGGUUUGUCAGCUCUUCUGAGUUCCUUUUAACCUCAAGCUCCCCCUCAGUCCUUGUUUAUUCCUCUGCCAGGGUCCUGCACUAUCUGUGGUAUGUAAAGAAGGAAAUCCAGCCCACUGUGACUGAUGUGUCACCAUCUCUGCGUUCCUACGAACAAUCCCGGGUGACAGGACGAUACCUGUGGUGCUUGUGAUUGCUCAGCCUCUCAUGCCAUGCAGCAUGUUCAUAGGGACAGCACUGUGCAACCACGCAACAGGAUGGGGAGCCUGGUGUGCUCCUCAUCCUGUCCUCAGAAGGUCCAGCUCUGCUCUUUAGACACUGUGCUGUUUGAAAUCAAUGAUCUAUGCUAAGGAGUGAUCCGAGCCCAGGUUUUAACCUGCUUUUUUACUGUAAUUACCUGCUGCUUUAUGUGGAUGGGAGGAUGCAAUAACAGCAGCAGGAGCCCCUCGCUUGGAGGAGGUUGCGUCUCUGAGCACUGGACAUCAAGCCCUGUUCUCAUCAGGUUUCAGAUUUGUUUGGACUCAAUGGAUUCAUCCCAAGAACUCAGCUUGCAUUUACUGUGCUUUGCGUUGAUGGUGGGUACCUCAGAAGCCAUCAAGGUGAUUUGGACGUGUUUCUAAUUAAUAUUAACAAGAACCAAGCAACUAAAUAUGUUGGGCUUCUCUAGAAAUAACACAUCUUGCAGAAGGAUGGCUUGCAUUGAGGGACACGUCAAACUGAUACCAGGCAGGGGAGAUUCCUGGAUUGUUUUCCCUAUUACUUGAACUCAAAAUGGGUUUUAUUUUUCAGUCUAAGGGUUGUGGGGUUUGUUUUGUUUCGUUUUGAGGAGCCAGCUUUGCAACCUUCUCGGGGGGUUGAAAGUCGAGCCCCAAUGCUGGCUGGGACCUUAUUACUGGUAUCUGAGAUGAUCGGGCUUGAAUUUCGUUAUUCCAGAUGGCGUUUGCUCUCCUGCUGUGUUUGAGCACUUUCAACAUAGUUGUGCAAAGGCAAUUAGCAGGCAUUAGCUUUGAACCAGGACUACAACAGGGGAAGAGACAAAGCAGAAGCCAUGAAUUGCCCCAGCUUUCAGGGAAGAAGAUGACAGAAACACAGAAGGGGGCGUGAGGCUGUAGAGUUGUUAUAAAAUGUGGUUUGUUGCUUCACUGCCACAAAAUUCAACUACUAGAACUACAGAGAAGGGAUGUUUCAGAGCUGAAUCCCACAUCUAUCCCAAUCUGUGGGCUUACAAAAUCCUAAACUCUUUCUCUGUUAUGCCAACCAGUUCUACACAUAAGAGGGCUUUAAUGUGCACGCUGAGAAGGUACAAAACAGAUGAGCCAUAGUUUCAGGGGAGGAAUAUUGGCUUUUCAGAAAUCUGGCUGAGUCUGAGUGAUCCUUUUCUUCUGGAGCGAGAGCAGGAACAGGUUGACCCAUGGUGAUGGGCUCCUCCUGAGAGCAUGGGGCUCUGCCUCUUGUGCAGGCCUGUUCUGCUUGAGGACAGUAAAUAGCUUCAUGUAAGGGGGAGAAAAAGUCACGUCUCAUAACUGCUUGCAGCAGAUCUGUGAAGGACUGAUUGCAGUGAGUAAUCAAGACAGAAGCCAAUCACUCGUGAAUGAUGACUAGAUAGAUCCUUGCUGACGCUGUUGCUCUUUUUGUGCCCUGCGGUAUGAUAUUGCAGAAGUGAUUAAAUAUUCUGCUGCUUGAUUUACAAAUGUUAUUUGUGUAGGAAAUCAUUUCUCUCUGCACUUAUAACUGAGGUAGCACAUAUGGUUUCCUGCUGUGCUUGCACUGAUGUUGGAGGAGAAUGUGUGGAUUAUUAUGGCCAGAGGCUUCCUUGUACCAUUACAAAGUAGUCUGGAAGCACAGACAGGUGCAGCCCUCUCCAGCCCCAACACCUCUGGGAGAUGCUUUCUGCAGUAGCGCUCAUCAAUAUGACGUUCAGAGCUCAUCUUCAAAUGCAGCCCCAAGAGAGGCAGGACUGCUGGCAACAAAGCAGUGCUCCCAUGGCCUGCCCUGGGCUGGCACUGAGGUGAAGCACACUGCAAGCAGCGGGGUGUCCAGCACGGGGGGGUGACAUGGAGCUGAUGCGUAAGGAGGGAGCUUCCUGCGCUCCUUGUGGCCUGGAGUUGUGCUGGGUUUUGUGCUGUCAGGUACUGAAGUCCUGUCUUUUUGCUGUGGUGCAAAUGAAGAAUCUUUCACAUUUCAUAGCAAACUUAAUGUAUCCUUUUUUGUUUUCUAGGAUGUGUUAAUUAGCACUAAAGUCUUUCAUACAAUCUAGCCUAUGUGAGGAAGACAGCGCUGAUUCUCCAGGCCGGCUGUUCUUUCACCAUCUUAGCAGAACAUCUCCCUCAGAAAUUUCUCCUUUCCAGCUCUCCUGUGAUACUUUUGCAUCAUGAAUUGCUGCCCAAGUCAUGAGUAAAUAUCACAGCGUGGUAACUAGAGGGAAAUUACCUGCAACUUAACUCCUGGAUAGACUGAGGACUUCCUGAUGACUCUGAAGGGAGCAGGCUGGGGAGCUCUGUGUCCUGAUGGUGCAUGGACACAGCAGCCUUUCCCACACUGCCUUCCAGCAUGGUCCACCCUGCCUUUGUACUUUGAGAGUUGCUUUUCUGUUGUGUUUUGUGAUAGAAACAAGGUCUGAAUGUUAUCUUCUAGCAUCAGGAAUGCAAUGCCCUUGAGUCCCUGCUGCCAGCCUUCAGCUACUGGGUACAGCACCUUGUGCAAGCAGCAAGCUGUUCUGAGCGGUGAAAAUGUAGAAUAAACACCUCCCCAAGCCAAGCACCUACAGGGAGCUGAGACAGGGAGCUCCUAGAUAGAGAGGAAUGACUCUGGGAUGCUCCAUGCUAAAUCCAUCUCUAGGCAGGCUGCUGAGGGCUGGCAGCAGGGGCUGCCAUGAGCUACUGGGGCACACCUUGGCCUGCUCCUGCUCUGCGACAGCCCCACAUGGCUGCUCCAGCAUCACAAGGGCUGCCCAGGACAGUGGUGAAGUCACCAGCUCUGGAGGUGCUCAUGAAAAGGGCAGUUGUGGCACUGAGAGACCUGGUUUGGAGCAGACAUGGGCUGAUGGCUGGACUAGCUGAUCUUAUUGGGCUUUGCAGCAUUAAUGAUUCUAUGAUCACUUGAGAUCCAGCAACACGGAGAAGUUCUGGAGUGCAAAAAAAAAAAAAAUAAGAUAGUGGAAUGUGUCUCAACAGCCCUAAAGGAAUUAAGCAUUAUACAUAUUUUAUGUUUAAUCACAUCUUUAGUGACACCCAACCGCAACCAAAGGCUUAAAUUUCAAUUAGAGGGAGGUGUGUUAAAUGUUUAAUAGGAAUCAUUCCUUACAGGGUAAUUAUAUCUUAACAUUCGCUGGAGAGACAGCAUCUCUGCUUCUUGGAUAAUAUCCAAGUGAGAAACAGGGCGAUGGUGUGCAGUGCUGGGGAAGGCCGUGUGUGAAUCCAUGGCUCUGCUUAUGGAGAGAUGGUGGCUGUGUGAUGCCAGCUGAGCUGCGCCGGGCACUGCAGAGCUGCACCAGGAACCAAAGCAGGUGAGAUUGACUGCAGCUUUGAGCACAGGCUUUGGGUCUCAGUGCAAAAACCGGAGCGCUGCACGUGUUGAAAUCAGGCAGUGGCUGCAUUGCAGCUUAGCUUUGAGCAUUUUUUAACCUGGUGUUUGACAGCUCAGUCUUACAGCUAUCACUGAUAGUGGAGGAGGAAUCUUCGGGACAGGUGAUCUAACGAGGAUAAUUUGGAAGCAUUUGGUACGUGUUUGAAUGCAUUUCUCAAUUUCUAGUAAGUUUACUAUAUGGUAAAAUUGAAGUUAUCACAGAAAGGAGGAGUUUUAUGCACUCAUAAUGAACAAAUUAAAGCCAUAAAACGAGCUUUGAAGCAAGACAGUUCAAAGUGAAGGAUGUUAAAUGCAAGCAGAGAUAAGGGAUUUUGAGAAUGGCAAUAGGGAAAGGUAGGAAGGUGGAUGGAAAAGAAAGGGAAUAAAAGGAGGGAAGGAACAGAAUGUGUUUCUCAGUUAAGUGAAUUGUGCUGAGAUGAUGAAUAAAUGAGAAUGGCUGUGACUGAGCAGAGAGCCACGGGUGUGGGUUAUUUCCAAAGCAGGGAGAAUGGUGGUGAGAGAGGUGAUCUGUGUGGAUGUGGCAUGCUCCCUUUUGCUCCAGUUCAGUUUGUUCCAGUCAUGUAAGCGUUUUUCAAUGUAUGCAUGCAGGCUGUGUAUGGAAUCAUAUUGAGGUGGGUAUAUGUAACAUGGCAUGCAUUUUAUGUGUUAUUUUUGUUUGAGAAUAGAAAAAUGAUUAAGAAAUGAUGACUCUUCCAGAUUUUAGGAUGGAUUUCUGCUUUGUGCUGCUCAGUAACCCUGAGCCCAUCUCCCAUAAGUGACCACUGCUUUACUUUGUAGGUCCUCCCAUCCCUGUGUGUGUAGAUAAAGGCCUCAUUCCUAUUUAUGAACAUCUCCUGCUGCACAUAUUUUCAUGCACGAGAGGCAGGUUUGUGCCCAGCAGCAUAUGUUGUGCUUGCAGGGAGCUGGCACACAGCAGACACAUUCCCACUGCUGCGGAUCAACCUGCAGCUGUUUAAGGAAUAAGGAACCCAGAGGCGUGCAAAUGCCACGUGCAGACACUGAAGUGCUCUCUGAAGGUAUGAAGUGCUCCUAUGUAGCCACGCUCAGCUGUCCAAAAACACAGCUGAGGUUUCUGGAUGUGACUUGUGCGUCUCAGUGUUUCUCAUGUUUGGGGUAAGCCUGGUUUUCAGAGAGCAUUGAGCAUCCCCUGCUGGAAAUGAGACCCCUUUCAGAACCUCGAGUACUCAGAGUCCAAGCAGUGCAUGCCACUGAGUUUUCAUUGUGUGGGGUCUCCUGUGUGUGCGGGGGGGGCACAUAUUGGGGCUCAGGCAGCCAGGAGGAUCAAGAAUGUUGCUGGCAAAAUACAAAGGAUGCUCAGUGGACAUUGGCAGGUUACAUACCAGUUAAAGAGACAAAUCACUGUGCCAAGGCUAACUCUGAGAAUCUCCUGCAGAGAUGAAUUUUCAGCUGUGUUGCUGCAGUUGGGCUGUGAUGGCACCGCUCUGCCCACGAGGGAUCAGCAACCCUUGAAAUCAGUUUUAAGAGGGAAACCUUCACAAACUUCCCCAGGCUUCAUGCAGUGUGCCAGGAGGGUGCCAAGCAAAAAACGUGAGCUCCUCCAAGUGUUUCUAUGUUUGCUGCUGCGAUGCCAGUCAGUAUGCAACUCAUACAGCCUGCAGGGGCAGAGCCAGCCUGCUGCAUCCCCCCAACUGCACCCCCCUGCUCAGCUGUUUUUAGUGGAGAGAUCUGGAUGUGGCUGAAGGUGAGUAAACUUCCCCCUGUUUCAAUGUCUCCUGAAGCUUGCUGAAGGAGUUCAGGUGGGAGAAGCUCUGUUGUUUAUGUUAAAUGACUUUGAGGUAUUUCACAUAUGCCUUGUACCAUAUUGAAUUUCCACCAGGCAGCUGCAGAGCUGUCUGGUCACAGGAAAUGUUCUGACUGGUACAUAGAGCUCCACCAGUUCCUCCAGCACCCUCAAAUCCCAACUCAUCCUCACUGUGGCCCUUUGCUCCAUGGACAACAGAACAGAGGCAUUAGGAGCAGCGGGGUGAGGUUACAGGAGGAACACCAGCCCUGCACUGAGUGAAGGCGCAGGGAAGGGCUCUCUGCUGAUGGAACAGCACUGGGCUGUCAGUGAUUUGUGCCAGCAUGUACAGCUUGGCUCUGAAAAGUGACACUUAAGAUGAAUAAAUCAUGGGCCCUCUCUUAGCAACCUGAUGGCUUCAUCCAGCACCGCUGGUGGUGAAAGAAGGGUGCAGGCUCUGCUUUAAUAGCAGGGAGAGCUCACUGCCAGCUGGGAGGUCGGGAGGCCAUGGAGGGGAACACGCACCUCCUCCAGGUCAUCCAUGAGUUGCACUCCCAGAUCGACAAGUUGGAGAGAGAGAACCAGGCUCUGAGAGAAGAACUGCGAGCCUUUGGGCUGAGUGCUGCUGUGGGAGGCAGCAGUGGGGAGAUGGGCAGCCCGCCCUGCCCCACAGAAGGACCUGAUGCGUUGCCCACAGCCUCCGUGGAUCAGACAGACACCACCAUGACGGUGCGGCGCUACUCCACUGCAGCAUCGGCACCCUCAAGGCCACACCGUGCCGGCAAGCAGUCCCGGAGCAGCAGGCAGCUGGAGGAGCAGAGCAGGGCUGAGCCACACACCUGCCCAACUGCAGCACAGCAUCCCAGCGAUGUGGGCAGAGGCCUUGGGAAGAGCCCAGCCAACUGCUUCUCCAGCAGCAGUUCCAGCAAAAUGAGGCUGUUCCAGGAGCACGUCCGCAGGUGCAGGGGUAAAGUAAAGGCUGUUAGUUUCCUGUUACCAACGGAUAUGUCGUAUGCUGAAAAUCAAGGUUCUUUCAAAAGCCCGCAAAAUCGGGGCACAAAACAGUUAAGUACCAUCACUGAAAAGGAUAUGUGAGCUGGUGAAUUUUUAAAGGCCCAUUGAUUCUCAAGAUAAAUUGGCCUUAAAUGAUAGCUAUGUGUCAGGUUCCUUAUCUGCUAAACGCUUUGGCAGGCUGCCUUCGGAGACUCACUCAGACGGUGUUUCGGGUCACUGCCCUGUUGUUCAGCAAGGAAAUGGAAGCCACGACAAAACUGGCUGGAAGUUUGUGUGCUGCAAUGGAGUCACAUGAGAGCAAAGCUCCUCCACAAAGCAGCUUCUGCUCAACACGUCUCAAGGAAUCCUCGUCUCAGCACUGCUUUAAACAGGAUGUUAAAGCUGGUUUUGCUAUGUUUGUCACAAAAAGCAGAAACCAAGUCAGCUCUUUUGUUUGCUGGUCCUCUUGACAGGUGAGGUAUUUGUUGCAAAUGAUGAAGAGCUGCUAAAGGACCUGGGAGACUCUUCUGUACUUAAAACUUCAAAUUUCACAAUACCAAUAGAGCGAAGUCAAGGGGAUGUUACAGAACCAGUUAACAUUACUCUGAACUUCUGCAAGACUUGGCAGUGGCUGCUGAUAUCCACUUCAGGUCCAACUCUACAGGAGCACAGUGGAGAAUAAGUGCUAAUCAAUAUGAAAACAUGACUGCAAGUCUGUGUCUGAGCUGGUGUCCAUCAGAGAUAGCUGUACACCAAGUCAGAGCAGGAAGGACUCUGAAUCUCAGAUGUUUUCAGGAAUAGCAUCUGAACACAGCUCAGCCCAAACAUCAUUAGCAGACAUCCAGCAAACUGGUGCAAAACAAGUGGAAGAAAAAAAAUAGCUUGUGAAAAAUGAGGUGUGCUUGAUAACUUAGGUCUGGUUGUGUGAGUAAGGAUAGCGUCCCACAUGGUGUUUGCUUUCACCAUAAGCACUUCUAUUUUGUAACACGUGGGCUGUACCAAUGAGUGAAUAGUGCACAAAUUGUCAGUCUUACUGUCUACCCCUACAAUCUGGAGUCUCUAAAAGUGAAAGCAGAGAGCUGAUAGACAAAGAAACCGCCUUGACUUUCAGUGAUGCUUUAUACAUGUGUAAAAAUAUCAGCUCCCUUUUAUCGCUUUAUAUAUUCAAGAACAUUUUUAAUACGUUCCCAAUGAAAUAAUCCUUCCAGUUUCACUGCAGUUUCAUUUGUGGACUUUAUUUUCAGCUUGACUCCACACAGAGCUGCACUGAAAUGUUAUAGAAGUGUUUUUAAUCAAAGACUCCCAGCAAAUUAGGUUACAGGGUAGGACAGUUUGCUGAACAGCUCUCUUCUGAAAGCAUGCACAAGGGAAUGCUUUUUAAAUGUUUUAAUGAAAGCUUAAUUGCAAGAAACUAGACAUGUGUAAAGUACCUAAAUCCAGCUGGUUUCACUUAACAGAGAAAACAACAAGUGUCUUUGAAAACCUGGCCCCCAGACUUCUAAAGGUACCUCAGUGCUUUUGGAAAUUCAUGCUUGAACACCAGAUUUAAUGGGGUUUGGGAAUCCCUGCAGACAGCUUUCAAAAAAUCUCAACUUUUAAAUCCUCUCUGCCUGAACUUUCCCAAAGCAGCAACAUGGAUUCUGUUCUCCUACCCUUCCUGUGUCAGUUCAGUGCAGGUCAGUCUCUUUGUGUUAGCACACCUUAUCAGCAUACGGCAGUGCUAACUGCAGUGGGCUGCUGACUGUGAUGCCACAAAUAUACACAUCACUGUGUGUGGUCAAGAAAUUAAAUGUCCUUUGUGUUUAUUGGAUGUGUUGUGGUCUUCACUCUCUACAUAUAUAUAUAUCUAUUCAUUAGGACAGAACAAAUUAAAGUGGUAGAAAAGAAGGAAAGGAAUCAAACUAACCACUGACAAAUGACAAUCAGUCCAUUAAUGGAAACAUUUAUUUCUGAAUGAUAGUUCUGCAUUACUGACAUCUCUAGCGGUACCUACAGAUUGAAGAUCACAGGACGAUGCACAGGCAUUUUUAAAAGCAGUUCAAGUUCUUCAGAUUUGACCCAGGUCCACAUCUCCAGCAGAGAAGCAGAAGACCAGACGGUAGCAGAGGCCACAGAGAAACCACUGAGCACAUUAAAUGUACUACGGUACAGCAUAAAGUAUCUUACCAUGGUGAGCUUACUGGCAAUUAGAUGUUCCAAUGUUAAGUAUUCAUAGACUGCUCAGUACAGAAAGGACAGGUUUAAGCAAAGCAAGUGUUAAAAUUUGGGCAAAGUAAUGCAGACAGCAAUUAAGCCAUGAAUCAUUUUUGUCCUCCUCCCUAAACUCUCUAACAUAUACCACAUCCUAGCCGCUGAUGGCAAGGCUUGUUGGGCGAUGGAGUACUUCCAAUCAACAAUCCUCCCUUCUAAAGAGUAAGUGAUAUUCAGCCACACAGGUACAGCCUGCAAGAGCAGCUGGCACAGCAAGAGGUUCCCUCCUGCACUAACUGGCAACUGAGAGAUGUUUCCUCCUGUGUGACGCUUGUGUAUGGGGCUACAUGGCUUUAUAUACCCAUUGGAAAUGCAGAAGAUGGAGUCCAUCACUGUCUUUUGGUAAAUGACAAGUUCUGUUUCAUCAGUGUGAAAUGUGUGGCUGAAGGCAAGAAAAUCUUGUCAAUGACAGUCAGAAAACUGCACUCUCCCAGACUGGUGCUGCCCAGUUUUAUUGCUGAAUAUGCUAAAGCUUUCAAGGGGGUGCGUUUCUGUUUGCAUUUUAGGCAGCAUCCAGAAUACAUUUCUAAGUGAAUUUCCAGUUACCCGUAAUAACUGUACUUCAUUUUAAAUCGUAGAGUGGUCACAAAGCACAUGAAUGGAUCUCUUCUGGAU